UGGCGAGCAGUGUACCUGAAGACUUUCAGCCCAAUAAACAAGUGGAAAGGUAGCAGUGCAGAGCAAACAGGGAUGAUGGAAGAAAAGAGAAAAGAGAAUGGAGUGGCAGCUAUGGCAGCUUGCUAUGAGAAAUUUGAUCCUGCAGCGUAUCUACAGUACAACUACACUCCACCACGAGCUGAUUUUACAAGAAAAGACAGCAUUGUGCCUUGGAAACUGGCAUGCUUGCAUCGAGCUUUCACUGAAGCUGAUGUGAAGGGGGAGCUUUUGGUGGACAUCGGCUCGGGCCCCACUCUGUACCAGGUGCUGAGUGGCUGUGAGGUUUUCAAGAAAGUUCUCCUGACAGACUACCUGGAGGUGAACCGGCAGGAGCUGAGGCACUGGCUGGAGGAUGACGGACAAUCUAACCUGGACUGGACACCGUACCUACAGUAUGUCUGCAAACUGGAGGGACGCAGGUCUUCAGCUUGGACAGACAAAGCUGCAAAGCUGCGUCAGGUCGUUGCCGACAUCCUCCCUGUUGACGUGCAUAAAUCUCAGCCCGUGGCCCCUGACGCUCUUCCUUCAGCAGGGGCCGACUGUCUGGUGUCCUGUUUCUGCCUUGAGAGCGUCAGCCCCGACUUACCUGCCUUCACCAGGGCUCUGGGCCACAUCUGGAAGCUCCUGCGACCCGGUGGUCACCUCCUGCUCAUCGGAGCCCUGGGAGAGAGCUAUUAUUUUGGAGGCCCCGGGGUCAGAAUCCCUGUAGUCCCACUGGAUGAGGCUCAGGUUUGUGCCAGCUUGAAGGAAAGCGGUUACACCCUCAUCCGGCUGGAGGUUUACACACUGUCCCAAGAUAUGAAUGUCGGGGUUGAUGAUGUGACAGGAGUGUUUUUUGCGAAGGCGAGGAAGGAAUAAGGUUCAGUGGCAGAAAUUAUGAAUGAUGUAACUGGGCAGAUGAAAAUAUCAAAGAUAAAGAGAGUGUAAAAGCAUCAUUCAAUUUACAGCGACAGAAAUGUAUGGUUUGAA